AUGUCUUCGCCGAAGAAAAACCUGUCGCCAAAGAGCGAUCGUAUACUCCCUCAUCGCAAUCGCCAACAUAUCCUUCGCCCUAUUCCCCAACCCCGAACCCAGGCGCAUACUCUCCUUCAGCCCGAACAUAGCAAUGCAUCCAAAGUCUCCGUGACAUCACCCACUCCCACGGCAUUCUCCCCACCCUCCAAGCCGUUUCCUUUCUUCGACCUACCGGGUGAGAUCCGAAACAAGAUAUAUGAUCUUGUCAUCCCAGAGACAAGGGUGGUCAUCUCGGGCACUCAUCCUCAGAAGGAACUCGAGAAGCUCAAGGCAAAGGCGCCAACCAAGAAGCACAAGCGGCCGCGGCAUCGACUGUUGGGAGAGUUCACUGGCGACGUGGUUUCGACGUCUUUCCUACUCACAUGUCGUCAGAUGAAUGAGGAAGCGAUCCAAAUCAUCUAUGCUCGGACCAUCUUCUGUUUCGACCGAUUUGUUGUGAUCAACAAGUUCCUCGACACCAUUCCCAGUGCUGCAGCCAAGAGCAUUGGAAGGCUGGAGAUCACUCACACCGGAUACGCCGAACCAGAAUGGACGGACGACCGUGUAUGGAAACUCCGGCAUGACGAGAAGUGGAGCAUGACAUCGGAGCGUAUCAAACGAGGGAUGACUUGCUUGGAGAGUCUCAAACUCGCCCUGACCGUUUUCGACUGGCCUUGCCGAUUGGAGCUGGACGAGAGUUGGGCCAAACCUCUACUCAAUCUCGCAGGAGACGGACUCGAUUGGGUGGAAGUCAAGUUGAUGCAUGACCGGUUCCAUCCUAACAAGGUUGCCGCAACCGCGAAAGAACUGGAGACCAAAAUGAUGUCAGCCGACGGCAAGAAGAAGAAAUUGCGAGAGGCACAAUUGCAAGCAGCACAAGAGAAGAAACGAAGAGAAGAGGCGCGAAAGAAAGCGACCAAAGCCUUGAGGAUUCGACUUCCGUUGGGCGACAAGACCAUGCUCAGCAACACUCCGGUCAAAAAGGUGGUGAAGUCUAGAGGGCUUGAGCAAUACGCCAGGUACCAGCCUGCCGUGGCAUUUUGCCAGUAA